UUUGCAUCAAAUUUUUGAUUUUCCGCAUUCACUUUAAUGGGAACUCCGAUGUUUUCCCCUCAGCAACAUGCGCAGUACCAGUACAGGCUUACUUCCGGGGCUUCACAAGCUUAGGUUAGGUGAAGGCGUGCUCGUCUGUCUAGUUAAAUAUGCAAGUCUAUGGACCAAUGAACUGUUCAGUGAAAACGCGCCUUUGGCGGUGCGCAGGCGCUGUGCAAGUUUCCCCUGACGCGGACAAGGGUACACUUAUUCUAAUGAUGGCGGUAAAUGGGGGAGAUGAACGUACUGUUUCUUUGGUGGAAGUUUUGGAGGAAGACGAAGAAUUAGAAAAUGAAGCAGCAGCCGUUUUGGAUGGUAGCGAUCCUGAAAAUUGCUCAUAUCCCCAGGGGUACGUGAAGAGGCAGGCGCUCUAUGCAUGUAACACUUGCACACCAAUCGGUGCAGAGCCGGCUGGGAUAUGCCUUGCUUGUUCCUACAAAUGUCACGAUGGACAUGAUCUAUUCGAGCUCUACACUAAACGGAAUUUUCGCUGUGAUUGUGGAAACGGAAAAUUCAUUGAGUCUAAGUGCAAGUUGUACCCUGGAAAAGAUGGACUGAACACCAACAACAAAUACAACCACAACUUCAAUGGUUUGUAUUGCACCUGUAAAAGACCAUACCCGGACUCUGAGGACCAGAUUUUGGAUGAGAUGAUUCAGUGCAUUAUCUGUGAGGACUGGUUGCAUUCCAAGCACCUGGGCUGUGCAAUGGAAGAGUGUGUGGAGCUGCAGGAAAUGGUGUGUGAAUCAUGCAUGAACAAGGCCCCUUUCUUAUGGACCUACGCCUCCCAUCUAGCAGCCCCUCCAGUGACCAAACUGAGCCCCUGCGAGGCAGAGGUGGAGGUGAACGUGGAGGAGAACACGGAGGAAAACAGCCUGAAGGAAGAGGAGGAACACGGUGACCUCCCCAAGAAAGGAGAGCCGUCCGCAAGCCCGAGCUCUCCAGAUGAUGAUAAGGCAGCUGCGGACGGACAGACGAGCGGCAAGCGGACGCACGGCCAGAUGGAGGGGUCUGCUUCGGAGGGCGGGCCCGAAGGGGCGGGGUGCAGGCUGAGGGAGUUGGAGGGGAAGGGUCCGGUCAGAGCCAGGGAGGGGGCCGUCUUCUGGCCCUACUUCUGGCGCAGCAAGCUGUGCACCUGCGUCAGCUGCAAGAGAGCCUACGUUGCCGCGGGCGUGCCCUUCCUCCUGGACGAGUCGGACACGGUCCUGGCCUAUGAGAACAGGGGCAAGGCGCAGCAGGAGGAGGAGGACCUCCUGAUGUCGGCUCUGAACAGGCUCGACCACGUGCAGCAGCUGGAGAUAAUCUACGAGUACAAUGACAUGAAGACGGAACUGAAGGAUUACCUGCAGAGGUUUGCAGAGGAAGGAAGGGCGGUGAGCCCCGAAGACAUCAGGGGCUUCUUCGAGGAGCUGCGGGCGCGGAAAAGGAGGCGGAUGGACGGGGGCCAGUUCUACUGCAGCUGAGGUGCCGUCAAUGGCCCACCCAGCUGCUUUAAUCCAGAUCUGCAUCGCUAUACGCCAGCCCUCGACCGUUUCAUUUUUCUUCUCUCUAGGCUCAGGAUGACUGUGCUCUACGCUGCCGCCUCUGUCUUUCAGAGUCGGUGGUUUUUCCAGUAAAAGCUUAACGUUGCGUCUGAAGGUUACAGGACCAGCGUAGAGCUUCUUAAAAGUUAACGUUUCUUUUUACGCCACGGCACCGUUAGGCCUGCAGUGUCUGUGGCGAGCGACCGAAUGGGAGGAGGAAGGGACUGGGGUUUAGGGCCGAAGGCAGGCGGUUUCGCGGUUGGGAAGCGGUCAUUGCGGUGCGGGCCGCUCCGUUCGGUUCUGGCGUGUGCGGACAGGAACGCGGCGAGCCGCCGGCACGCUCCAGCCACGGACCGCCGGCUUCCUGUCCAUCUGUCACAUGACCCUCG